AUGAAAGCAUUGAUUCUUGUCGGUGGAUAUGGUACUCGACUACGACCUCUAACUCUCAGUUUUCCCAAACCUAUCGUUGAAUUUUGCAACAAGCCACUUUUGCUUCACCAAAUUGAGGCUCUUGUGGAGGCUGGUGUUAACGAAAUUAUUCUUGCAGUCAGUAAAAGUGCAGAUCGAUGUGAUCUUUUAGAAGGAGAAGUUCGAAAACACGAAUCUUCCGUGGGUCCUUCCCUUGGAAUUACCAUCCGCUUUUCUUACGAAACAGAGCCCCUUGGAACUGCUGGUCCAUUAGCUUUAGCAUCGAAAUGGCUCUCGGAUUCUGAUGAGCCCUUCUUUAUGCUCAAUAGUGACGUCAUUUGUGCUUUUCCAUUCGAGGCUUUGAAAGAAGCUCAUGCCAAGCACAAGGGAGAAGCUACAAUUGCUCUGACCAAAGUUGAGGAGCCUUCAAAGUUUGGUGUGGUUCUCUUUGAGGAUAAAACAGGCCAAGUUAGACGUUUUGUUGAAAAACCUACUGAAUUCGUUGGAAACAAGAUUAAUGCUGGUAUCUACCUUAUUAAUCCCAGUGUUAUUUCUCGCAUUCCGUUGAAACCUACCUCGAUUGAAAAGGACAUCUUUCCUGUGCUGGCUAAUGAAAACAAACUCUACUGUCUCCCCAUUGAAGGCUUUUGGAUGGAUGUUGGACAACCGAAGGAUUUCAUAACUGGCACAGCUCUUUAUUUAGCCUAUUUGGCACAAAUUCAACCCAAAGCUCUUGCCUCUGGUCCUAAUAUCUGUGGCAAUGUUAUUAUUCAUCCAAGUGCCAAAGUGAGUGACAAAUGUCUAAUUGGACCUAACGUUGUGAUUGGUCCAGAAGUCGUGGUUGAAGAGGGUGUCCGAAUUCAGUCGUCGACUCUUCUUCGUGGCAGCAGAGUUCGUGACCAUUCCUGGAUUAACAGAAGUAUCAUCGGAUGGUUUAGUUCGGUUGGAAAAUGGGUUCGAAUGGAGAAUGUGUCAGUGUUAGGAGAAGACGUGGAGGUGGUGGAUGAAAUCUACGUCAAUGGAGGCAGAGUUCUACCCCAUAAGCAGAUUAAGGAAUGCGUUGCAGAACCUCAGAUCAUCAUGUAA